AUGUCUGCAGAGAAGAAAAACCGAACACUGUGGUCAUCCACAUUGGUCAUCCACAUUGGUCACACUGCUGUUUUUUUUAUCAACAUUAUAGAUGGAAAGAAGGUGAAGAAAAAGAAACCAGAAAAAGAUCAAGAAGAACCAGAAAAGGGAAAAGAAAAGGAGAAAGAGCCAAAAAAGAAAGCCAAAAGUGCUCCAAAAAAGAAAAAAGGUUCAGGCACCGAUAACGACGAUGAUGACGAUGAUGAAGACACCUCCAAAAAGAAGACUAAGAAAAAGACAACAAAAGACAGUUCUCCGUCUUCAACCACUGCCAAAGAAAAGAAAUCUAAAUCAAAAGAGGAAAAAGAUCCUGAUGGAAAAGAAAAAAAAUCCAAGUCAAAGGAGAAGGAGAAGGACAAGAAGAAAGAACCAGCAUCAAUGUUCCAGAUAAACGGAGACAAAGACUCAAAAAGCAAGAAGAAAGCUGCCAAAUCCGACAGUGAUGAGAGUGAGGAGGAGACAAAGUCAACCAAAUCUAAGAAGAAAUCCAGCGCCAGCGCAACAUCCCUCUUCCAAACAUCGUUAGACAAGGACAAGGAUAAAGAUAAAGAUAAAGACAAAGAUAAAGACAAAGAUAAAGACAAAGACAAAGACAAAGACAAAGACAAGAAGACAAAGAAAAAGGCAAAGGCAGAACAGAGUGAUGAUUCUGACUCAGAAAAAGAAGAGAAAUCAAAGAAGAAAAAGGGCAAAGGGAAGAAGAAAAAGGACAGAGCUCCUUCACCAGAGAUUGAGUUUGACAACUUGGAGAAGUUUGUGAUAGAGCCGGCUCCGCAGGGCGUGACGGUGAAAUGCAGAGUGACUCGGGACCAAAGAGGGAUGGACAAGGGCUUCUACCCUCUGUAUUACUUUCACCUUGACAACGAGAAGAAGACAUUCCUGCUGGCUGGGAGGAAAAGGAAGAAAUGUGCAACCUCAAAUUACCUCAUCUCCAUCGAUUCCACAGAUUUAUCGAGAGGUGGAGAGAAUUUUGUUGGAAAGCUGAGGUCUAACCUAAUGGGGACUAAGUUCACUGUCUUUGACAACGCUCUGAAUCCAGACAGAGCUCUUCCAGACAUGUCUAAUGCGCGGCAGGAGAUGGCUGGCAUCGUUUAUGAAACGAAUGUCUUAGGGAUGAAAGGACCCAGAAGAAUGACGGUUGUCAUUCCAGGGAUGGACAAAAACAACGACCGAGUGCCUCUCCGACCAAGAAGUGAUCUUGACGGCUUGUUGAUAAGGCACCAGAAUAGGCGCAUGGAAAAUCUGAUUGAACUUCAAAACAAGACGCCUGUGUGGAAUGAAGAUAGUUCGUCCCAUGUGCUCAACUUCAACGGCAGGGUCACCCAGGCCUCCAUCAAGAAUUUCCAGAUAGUCCAUAGCAAAGACCUUGACUACAUCGUGAUGCAGUUUGGUCGAAUAGCUGAUGACAUUUUCACGCUGGACUACAACUACCCGAUGUGUGCCUUGCAGGCCUUUGCUAUCGCACUCUCCAGCUUUGAUGGCAAAAUCGCCUGCGAGUAA